AUGGCAAUCAUAACUUUCCAAAUUGCAAUCGCGGAUCAAGCAUACGAUCAGGAUCACCAGGCGGUUUUCGCAUGCGUUCAAAAUGCGUACGAGCCAGUGGGCGAGCGGAUAGCAGUUUGCGGUGGAGCCUCCAAAACAGACUCAAAUAAAUAUGAGAUGACCAGAGCCAACACAGUAGUAAAUGAUCCAUAUACUCACAAUUGCAUCGGGGCCCCUGUACUAGAAGUGCGAUGUUGCCGAAAAAACGCAUUCAAUUUUCCGCAAAACCCGAAGCACAAAUUUAAAACAAUCACUGUAGACCUAUCAGCAACCAAAAAGAACGACAAUUGCAUUGAAGGAAGGCUAGAGGACAACCCUCUAAUUAUUGGAUAG